UGCAUUAUUUUGAGGACAAUUUUGAGGACAGAUUUUUCCGCAAAGUUCUCGAAGAUAUUGAAAUGCGACACAGGAUUUACCUCGAGAGUGAUGGGUUUAAGCUCAAGAGGGCUUUUAAGAAGUCCGGCAUCACUUCCUCGGCUAAGACCAAGGUGCUCAUUUAUGCCACCAUGCACGCGAGUAAAGCUGCUAUCCUGGAAUGUUUGAACGGGAUUCCCGUCACCGAAUGGGCGUCUCCGGUCAGAAGGUUCUUCCGGCGUUGCACGUGCCAGGAUAUUUCACAAGAGAAGUGCGGCGUUAUAGCCGUGAACCGCAUUCCUUGUGUGUUCCCGGAUUUGACGGCCACACACUGGGUUCGAUUCUGCCCGGUUCCAACGAUCGGGAACAUGAUAAGACAUCUCUGGUUUGCUCAAUUGAACGUGUCGGAAGGCUUAUUGAGACAACAGAAGAAUUGGGAAAUGUCAGUCUCGCAAGAGUUAGGAAUGGGAGAAUUUCAGGGAUAUGAUUGGGAAUCGAAGUCUAAUGACAUGUAUCCUUUGCGAAUGCCCAAUGGGUCCAUCUUUAAGCCUGAAAAUGAUUUUCACACCAGAACCGACAUCGAAGAAUGGAUCGCCUUGUAUCCCAAAGCAGCGAAUCAGAGCAUGUUGGAUGAAGAUUUGGCGGACAGUAAGAUGUCUUCAGGCAUGGAAGUACAAGGUCUGUAGAAUGCCAUUUGAUCAAUAGUGGAUGGGGACGAUCGUUGUGGGUACGGUUGUGGUUUUUGUCUCUUGAACGGCCUUUGCUCCGUUUGAAAUACAACGAUACUUCGAAAAUAUAGCCUUCUUGCAACAAUUG